GUAACAAGACCACACAAGAACUUAUUCCAACUCAACACAAACAGUCGAUCGAAACUCCCACUUUACCAGUUAGUUACCAUACGCGCCAUCCUUAAUCCACUCGACAAACCUAAUCAUAUUCUUACGCGACUUCACGCUCCCGACAACCUUCGCCUUGAGAUCCAACGCCCUCUCCUUAAACCCUUGGUCCCCAAAAACCCGCUCGACUUUCUCCUUAAUCUCCUCUCUCCUCACGACCCCACUACUCUCGUCUUUCCUCACUCCCAACCCCACCCGCCACUUGUCGCAAAUGUAGCUCCGGUUGAGCCACUGGUCCGCGUAAUACGGCCAGCACACGAACGGCACCCCACCGCACACAAUCCCCUCGACCGUCGAGUUCCACCCACAGUGGCUCACGAAGCACCCGACCGAGGGGUGGGACAAAACCUCCUGCUGUGGGGCCCACCGGACUACCAUAUUCCCUUGCUCCCUGACCCUCUCCAAGAAACCUUCCGGAAGCUUCUUCUGGUUGUCGUCCCGCACGACCCAAAGGAAGGGACGGGCCGAGAGCUCGAGGCCCAAAGCAAGCUCGACGAGCUGGGCCGGGCCGUGGUCGGUGGAGGUGCCGUGGGCCACACGACUGAGGCUGCCGGGUGGCGGUCGAGCCACGAGAGACAGCUGGAGUCCUCGGGCAGGAGGCUGCCGGAGGUCUUGCCGGCCAGGCGGUUGGUGGCGAGGAGGGGGCCCAUGGGGAGGAGCUCCGGGUGGAGGGAGAAAGCGCCGGGCUCGAGUUCGUGGGCCGAGUUGCAGAUGAUCUUGUCUGCGGAUUGGAUCCAGGGGAGGCUUACGGCCAAUGAGUGGAAAAAGGCUUUGCGUGUGGGCUUGUCGCCGAUGCAGGCCCAGAUGAAGUCGGUGGUGUGCAUGGCCGGCAUGUCUGGAGACAGCUGGAUUAGCUGCGCCGUCAUCGCCGCCGGCGCCGUGCAGAACGCCGCCCGCCGGAUCCCCUUCCUCGCCGCCACGUCGAGGGCCCACGCCAUGGCCACGUCGGCCACGACGCAGGCGAUCCUUCCCCCUUCCUCCUCGUUCAUCCUCCUCCGCCGCCGGGACUCGGCCGUAGAAGGCCUCCGUGUUCCGCCGGAGGUCCUUCCGGUCGUCCCACGGCUCGAGCCCGUCGGGGAUGCUGACCAUGGCCAGGUCCCCGCCGUGCUGCAGGGCGCCGGUCGACCCGGCCAGCUUCUUCUGGAUGAACUCGGUGUUGACCAGGGUGACUCGGAGGCCGUGACUCACCAGCCACUGGGAGAACUCGAGGAUUGGGAUCACGUGACCCUGUGCUGGAUAGGUCACGACGAGCACGUAACAAGACCACACAAGAACUUAUUCCAACUCAACACAAACAGUCGAUCGAAACUCCCACUUUACCAGUUAGUUACCAUACGCGCCAUCCUUAAUCCACUCGACAAACCUAAUCAUAUUCUUACGCGACUUCACGCUCCCGACAACCUUCGCCUUGAGAUCCAACGCCCUCUCCUUAAACCCUUGGUCCCCAAAAACCCGCUCGACUUUCUCCUUAAUCUCCUCUCUCCUCACGACCCCACUACUCUCGUCUUUCCUCACUCCCAACCCCACCCGCCACUUGUCGCAAAUGUAGCUCCGAUUGAGCCACUGGUCCGCGUAGUACGGCCAGCACACGAACGGAACCCCGCACGAAACCCCCUCGACCGUCGAGUUCCACCCACAGUGGCUCACGAAGCACCCGACCGACGGGUGGGACAAAACCUCCUGCUGUGGGGCCCACCGGACUACCAUAUUCCUUCGCUCCUCGACCCUCUCCACGAAACCUUCCGGAAGCUUCUUCUGGUUGUCGUCCCGCACGACCCAAAGGAAGGGACGGGCCGUGAGCUCGAGGCCCAAAGCAAGCUCGACGAGCUGGGCCGGGCCGUGGUCGGUGGAGGUGCCGUGGGCCACACGACUGAGGCGGCCGGGUGGCGGUCGAGCCACGAGAGACAUCUGGAGUCCUCGGGCAGGAGGCUGCCGGAGAUCUUGCCGGCCAGGCGGUUGGUGGCGAGAAGGGGGCCCAUGGGGAGGAGCUCCGGGUGGAGGGAGAAAGCGCCGGGCUCGAGUUCGUGGGCCGAGUUGCAGAUGAUCUUGUCCGCGGAUUGGAUCCAGGGGAGGCUUACGGCCCAUGAGUGGAAAAAGGCUUUGCGUGUGGGCUUGUCGCCGAUGCAGGCCCAGAUGAAGUCGGUGGUGUGCAUGGCCGGCAUAAGCUCAGAAACGCUUGUUCAAAAUUCAAUUUACUACAUAUACUUAUGGACUCCCUCACCGUCGCCGUCUAUCACCCCGUCGGCGAUCAUCUUCGCCGUGUGGAAAAACAGCACCGUCAUCGCCGCCGGCGCCGUGCAGAACGCCGCCCGCCGGAUCCCCUUCCUCGCCGCCACGUCGAGGGCCCACGCCAUGGCCACGUCGGCCACGACGCAGGCGAUCCUUCCCCCUUCGUCCUCGUUCAUCCUCCUCCGCCGCCGGGACUCGGCCGUAGAAGGCCUCCGUGUUCCGCCGGAGGUCCUUCCGGUCGUCCCACGGCUCGAGCCCGUCGGGGAUGCUGACCAUGGCCAGGUCCCUGCCGUGCUGCACGGCGCCGGUCGACCCGGUCAGCUUCUUCUGGAUGAACUCGGUGUUGACCAGGGUGACUCGGAGGCCGUGACUCACCAGCCACUGGGAGAACUCGAGGAUUGGGUUCACGUGACCCUGUGCUGGAUAGGUCACGACGAGCAC